GCAAACGCGAGUCCUAUCAACCCAACUUCUCACAUGCAGCCCUCAGUAUACUUAAUAUCCGGUGCCAAUCGUGGCAUAGGUCUUGAACUGGUUAACCAGCUCAUAACGCGCCCUGACACUAUAGUCUUCGCCUGUGCACGGAAUCCACCCUCCGCCACGGCUCUGCAUGAUCUCGCAGCCAAACACACGGGAAGGCUGCAUAUUCUCAAGCUGAAUUCGGCCGACCGAGGGGACAACGAUGGUUCCUUUGCCGAGGUCGAGCGUAUCGCAGGGAAGCUAGAUGUAUUAAUCGCGAACGCCGGGAUCUGUUCGUGGUUUGGUCCUGGGUUGGAAGUGCCUGAGGAGGUGAUGCUGGACCAUUUUCGGGUGAAUGCCUUGGGUCCGCUUGUCCUCUUCCAGGCUGCUUCCCACCUUCUUCUCCGUUCUGCAAAUCCGAAAUUCGUGCUCAUUUCAUCCGGCGCUGGCUCUAUCAACUCAGGUGCACCUAUGCCAGUGGGAAUGCUCCCCUACGGUGCGAGCAAGGCUGCUGCGAACUAUAUCAUGCGCAAGCUGCACUACGAGCAUCCGGGGCUUUGCGUGGUGGUGAUAAGCCCCGGAGGAGUAGCGACGGACAUGGCGAGAUUUGCGUCUGGGGCAGAUCCUGUCAUGAGGACAGCUGCCAUUAUUGGGGUGGAGAAGAGCGCGAGUGGAUGCUUGAAGAUCGUGGAUGAGGCGAGGAGGGAAGAAGAUGGGCCGAAGAUGAAGAACUACGAUGGAGGUGUGUGGGAAUGGUAGUAUCCCUCCGGGUGACAGGUUCUCGCUUUCUAUUUUGCUUCAAAGGCGUCAGUUGGGAAGCUCCCGUUGAUGAAGAUAAGAUUAGCCGGUUCCGUUCAAACGUGAUUUAUACUAUC